UACCAGUUCCUCCUACUAAGUAUUACAUUAUUAAAGUAUACAAUACAUCAAACAGUAUUAUAUACACUAAUAAUACUAAUGAUACUAAUAUUACUAUCACUGGACUACCUCUUACUGAUACAAACUACACUGUUAGUAUCAUUCCUGUUAAUAUUAUUGGAUAUGGACCAUCAGCUACUGUUAAUGUCAGUGUAACCAGUAUUACUCCUACAAUGACCAGUACUAGUUCAAUUACUAGUGUAUCAUCAUCAGUUACAUUAACUACUGAUAUAAGUACCAGUACAUCAUUAAUAUAUAUACCUUCUACUUCAACAUCUUCAACAAUUCAUGAACAAUCAUCUUCUUUUAUUCCAGCUGCUAGUACAUCAACUAGUACUACUACUAGUGUCAGUACACCAGAAUCAUCAACAACAACUGUAUCAACUACUGCUGCUGGUUCUAAUCCUGUUCUUAUUAUAUCAGGAGCUAUUGGAGCAGUAUUUGUCAUAAUAAUAAUAAUUAUUAUUAUAUUGGUAAUAGUGAUACUGGCAAUCAAGAAUCAAAGAAGUAAGUACGAUUACUAUAAUCAUUUUCAAUUAUUGCUAUUUUGCUAUAAUACAGGAAAAACAUAUAAAAUAUCUAAAAAGCAAGUUUAUAUUUAUGUAUUUUAUGUAUCGUCACACCUACAGUAGGGCUGAUGCAGUAGCUACUCCUACAUAUGAUGAAAUCAUUGUUAAACCAACUACUACUACUGGAGUACCAAUAUAUGAUACACCAAUGGAACUACAGGCUAAUACUGCUUAUGAUAGACCAGUGAUUAAUAAAGAUAUAAUUAAUGUACAUAAUAAUGAUGCAUAUGGACAAAUAAUGAUG